UCUUUCCGCGUUUUGAUAGGUGGCAGCAGCAGAAAGUCACGAGUACUCUCGUGAUUGUCUCGUGCAGUCCUUUCUCACCAGACAUUGUGGUCCCGGAAUAGUUACUCGCUUCUUUUUCAUGAGAAGGUUAAAUGCAGAAGGGCCAGAGGCGUAAGGCGAAGCUUCGUCUGCCGAAUUUUGGACAAGUGCAUUCUCGCUUGUUUGAUCAUCGCCCCUUCUUGAACGGAGAGGUUCGCUAUUUCUUGCACGAAUUUGAGGAGGCUCGAGGUGAUCGUGAAGUUGAGAAUCUGUUCUCAAUAUUGGAGGAGACUACUGACAUCCAUGGGGAUCAAGCAGGUCGAUUAAUCAGCUUGUGCGAGAGUCAGGUCCCUUCUAUAAAAGCAAGGUUGGAUGUAGCUGUGAGCAUGUGUCAGCAGAUCCUUGAGCCUGAUCACUGUGCAAACAAGGAAUCCUGUUUGGAAGCCAAGAGAGCUGCAAGGAAGAAGGAGUGGGAACUGUUCAUGCAAGAUUUGUCAGUCAAGUGUGCCUCAGUUGAUGAAACAUUCCGCAUAAAAGAGGAUGAACUAAAGACCCAUUACUCUGAAAUUGAAAAGAAACUCAUCCCUACAACCGCCAGUUCAUAA